GGCAGAGAGGCAGGCAGGCAUGGCGGUGAUGGUGCUGAGCGGGCUGGCGCUGCUGACGGGCCUCUACGUGUGGCUCUACUACAACUUCCUGCGGGGCCCCAAGUGCCGCAACGAGACGAGCUUGCGCGGCAAGACGGUGCUGAUCACCGGUGGAAACACAGGAAUUGGGAAAGAGACAGCGCUGGACCUAGCCCGGAGAGGAGCUCGUAUCAUCAUGGCCUGCCGCAACAAAGCACGAGCAGAGGCAGCUGUCUAUGACAUCCGGAGGGAAAGUGGGAACAAUGAGGUCCUCUUCAUGAGCCUGGAUCUGGCAGACCUGAGCUCAGUGCGAGCUUUUGUGGAUGCCUUCCUGAGAUCUGAGCCUCGCCUCGACAUUCUUAUCAACAAUGCAGGUGUUCAGUCUUCAGGCAAAAGUGCCGAUGGCUUUGACUUGACUUUCCAAGUUAACCACCUGAGCCACUUCCUGAUGACCCACCUCCUCUUGGACCGGCUGAAGUGCUGUGCUCCUAGCCGCGUGGUGGUGGUGGCCUCAAGAGCACAUCGGAUAGGAAAGAUCAAUUUUCAGAACAUCCACAAGCCUGUUCUGGGUGGGCUGGUGAAAUAUUUCCAGGCCUACUGCAACAGCAAAUUGGCCAAUAUCCUGUAUACACGAGAGCUGGCUAACAGACUGGAAGGGACCAGUGUGACCUGCUAUGCGCUUCAUCCAGGGACUGUUAACACAGAGCUCUUUCGCCAUGCAAGCAUAUGGCUGAAGCUGAUUGUUGGCCCUCUUUGCUGGCUCUUCUUACGCGAUCCAGUGAACGGAGCUCAGACUACUAUCUACUGCGCCACUCAGGAGGGGAUCGAGAGGUUCAGUGGCCACUACUUUGCCAACUGCAAGCUGCAGGAACCCUAUCCCCAAGCCCGCGAUGACGCCAUCGCCAAGAAGCUGUGGGAAUUCAGUGAGAAACUGUUGGGACUUGCCGAGUAAACUCCUCUUGUGUUUGGAGGGUGGCAUAUCUGGAAUAGGAUUGGAGUGACCGGGGAGGAGAACUUUGUUAUAUUCAAGGAACAGCAGUAAGGGAUUGCUAAAGAGCAAAUGGCAUUGCAUCGAUCGAGGCACAAAACUCAGGCCCUUUGGAAGUGGGACCUGAAGCCCUGAGGGUUCCCGUAGGCUCAGGGCCGGCUCCAGCUUAUUUUGCACCCUAGGCGAGGAUCCCUUCUGCCCUCCCCCCCCCCGCCC